UUUCCUGGAUUUUGAAGACAUCAUUAACGAUAAAUAUUUAUGUUAUGUUUCCAUAUAUUUUUAUGUUUAUGGUUUUUAAUUAAUCAUUAUUGUCUUAUUUAAUUACUGAAGAAAUAUAAUUAGCAAAUGGUUAAGAGAACUAUAUAAAAUAAAGGUUUUCUCACACCUACUAGUGAUGGGGUGACUUGGGACAGGAGACUUGGGGUGAAAUGGGACACUUUUCAAUUUUAUCAGUUGUUUAAUUUGUUAUGUUUUAAUUUUUUCAAUCAAUUAUUUUUGUAAAAAAACAAGUUAGCAGAAAAUUAUGUUUAUGUUUAUGGCAAGAUUUCCAUGUUUACUUUAUGUUAAUAUGUUUUUUUUCUUAGAAAAAAAAAUAAUUCUAUAGAAUUUCUUUGAAACUUUAUCUUGGUUGUUAAAGACAUUUUUCACAAUGCCAAGAAAGUACAAACAAGUGACGAAUCGGUUAAAGCCUGAUGCUCAAACAAUAAAAGCUGCUGUGAUGGCUGUUGAAUCUGGUAGUUUAUCACUACGAGCAGCUGCACUGGAAUAUAAAAUUUUGAAAUCAAGUUUACAGCGGAAAAUAAAUGUUAAUAAAGAAACUUCUUACAAUGACUUAUACUUUGAUGAACAACAUAAAUAUAUUUUUAAUAAGGCCCAAGAAGAUGAACUUUAAACUUAUCUUCGUCAAGCAUCUGAUAUGCAUUAUGGACUUAUUGUUAGAGAAACAAAGCAACUUGCAUAUCAAUAUGCAAUUAAAAAUGACAUUAAAAUACCAGAAAACUGGAAAAAGAGUGAAACAGCUGAAACUGAAUGGUUUUAUUUAUUCUUAAAUUGUACAAAAUUAUCUAUUCGUAUGCCAGAAGCUACCAGCCUUAGUAGAAAAACUAGUUUCAAUCGCACCAAUGUAGAUACUUUCUUCAAAAACCUUGACAGUGUACAGAAGCGCUAUAAGUUUUCUGAUGAUUGUAUUUACAAUAUUGAUGAAACAGCUCUUUCAACUGUUCAUAAGCCAGCAAAGGUGGUUGCGGGUAAAGGAGUAAAGCAAGUAGGACAGGUAACUUCUGCUGAAAGGGGAACCCUAGUUACAAUGAUAGGUUGUAUAAAUGCUCUUGGAAAUUCUAUUCCACCGUUUUUGAUAUUUCCCUCUGUCCACUUUCGUAGCUGCAUGCUUAAAGGUGCACCAACAGGUACCAAAGGUGAUGCUAAUCCUAGUGGAUGGAUAAAUACAGAAAUAUUUUUGAAAUGGUUUGAUCAUUUUGUGCAGUAUGGACAUCCUAGCCAGUAUCAUCCAUUACUUUUAAUAAUGGACAACCACAAAAGUCAUAUAUCAAUUGAAUUUUCGCUCGCUUCAUAA